GAAGUUCUUCUGAUUCAUAGUCUGUAGGACUCAGAACCCCAACCGGGAGCCCUUUUAAAAUAAAAAAAAGCCAAAUCAAAACAGAGUUAAUGUGGGAAGCGGAUUGUAAACAGCAGGAGAUGUUCAGUGACUAAAAUUCGACCGCGGUGAUCAUUCGAAACCGAGCUUUUUUUGUUUAGGGGCAGGCUGAGUUUGAAAUUGGAAACAGUCGGAGCAGUAUUGACUGGAUUGAGUUUCCUGCAAGGUGGUUGGUGAAAGUGAUUUGAAAUCUAAUAUAAGCUGUUAGCGAGUAACUGAAGUACGCUGUCUUGGUUGAAGUCUAAAGGACCCCAAUCAGGUGGAGUGGUGUGCAGUGCUGUGGAGCUGCGGUUAGAGGAGACGCCCUUUGGAUAUUGGGAAUUCGCUAUUGAAUUAGCACCUGUACAAGAAGAGUGCUGUAUCUGAUCCCAUUUCUGACACCGGAAUCAGCCCCCAAAAAGCCAUCAUGGUGUUUUUGAGGGUCCGUCUCCACGGAGUGGAGGACAUAGACUUGCCAGACAAGGAUACUGGGGAAUGUGAUUGUGUUGUCCAUAUUAAGGAGAAGGUUACCAAUGCACAAGGAGGAAGUAAUUUGAUGACGACACGCAAGCUGACCCCACUGUGGGGAAAAUGCUUUGAUUCUCACCUGUACGAGGGUCGGGUUAUUCACAUCAUCAUCCAGAACAACAAUAAGAUGGUUGCCGAAGCUGAGCUCAAGGUCAUGGACAUGGCAGCCAUGUGUGGAACCAACGGUGAUGUACUUACCACUGAUUUGAUGCUGAAGCCGACUGGUGUCCUACAUGCUCAGCUCAAAUGCUUCUCAGAAUCACAAGAUGAUCCCAACCAAGCCAGCAUGAUCAAGCCCAAUCUAAACCAACCCCUUCUUGAUGAUGAUGAUGAUGACAAGACAAACUCUGGCGCCCUCACAAGGCGACGAGGGGCCAUGCGACAGGCUAAAGUACAUGAACACCUUGGCCACAAGUUCUUAGCACAUUAUUUCCGCACACCGACCUAUUGCUCAUUCUGUAAUGAGUUCAUUUGGGGUGUUAUGGGAAAGCAAGGUUACAAAUGCAAAGAGUGUCAGUUGGCAGUGCAUAAACGAUGCUACAACCAAGUACUAGGAAAAUGUCCUGGUGCUGGCACAGAAACAAUGGACACAAAGAUUUUGAAGAAGCGAUUUAAGAUUGAUAUGCCGCAUCGCUUUAAGGUGUUCUCAUAUCGUAGUCCUACAUUCUGUGAUCACUGUGGAACAAUGCUCUAUGGCCUCAUCCGACAGGGCGUCAAAUGCGAAGCAUGCAAUGUGAAUGUUCACCACAAGUGUAAGAAGCACGUACCUAACCUGUGUGGUAUCAACCAGCAGCUCCUAUCAAUCGCUUUACAGGAAGUAGAGGAGAAGAAACGUAAAGCAGAUAGGACCCCUCCUGAGCUGAAGAGUGCUACCUCUGCUGAAGAUUCAGACGAUGACGAUGAUAUACUUAUAGGAAAGAAAGCAGCAAUUUAUGAGCCACUUUGGCAGGCUGUCGCACCCCCUGACAAAGCCGCACCCCCAGCCCCCCCUAAGCUCUACAAGAUUGAAGACUUCAACUUAAUAAAGGUGCUUGGCAAGGGAAGUUUCGGAAAGGUGAUGCUGGCCAACCAGAAAGGUACAGAGAAGUACUAUGCCAUCAAAGCCCUAAAGAAAGAUGUAGUUCUUGAAGAUGAUGAUGUAGAAUGCACCAUGGUAGAGAGACACGUCUUGGGUCUUGCCUGGCAACAUCCCUUCCUUACCCAUCUCUUCUGCACCUUCCAGAGCAAGGGUCAUCUUUUCUUUGUUAUGGAAUACCUGAAUGGAGGAGAUCUAAUGUUCCACAUCCAGACAUCGCUACGAUUUGAAGAGAAAAGAGCGAGGUUCUACGCAGCGGAGAUCAUCUGCGGACUGCAGUUUCUCCACCGACGGGGGAUCAUCUACCGCGAUCUCAAGCUUGACAAUGUCCUGCUCGAUUUCGAGGGCCACAUUAAGAUAGCGGACUUCGGCAUGUGCAAACAAAAUAUCACUGAUGAUAAUAAGGCGUCAACGUUCUGCGGAACUCCAGAUUAUAUCGCGCCUGAGAUUUUGAACGGCCAGAAGUACACAUCCUCUGUGGAUUGGUGGUCAUUUGGCGUCCUUCUAUAUGAAAUGUUUAUUGGUCAAUCUCCUUUCCAUGGUGAUGACGAGGAACUACUAUUUGAUUCUAUUCUUCACGACACGCCCCACUAUCCAAGAUGGCUGCCCAGUGAGGCUAAAUCAUGCAUCUCUAGUUUGCUUGUACGUGAGCCAACAAUGCGGUUAGGAGUCAAGAGCGAGAUUCGCAGUCACGAUUUCUUCAGAUCCGUCAACUUUGAGAAGUUGGAGAAAAGGGAAAUUCCACCUCCCUUCAAACCCAAGAUUAAAUCUGCUUCAGAUUCCAGUAACUUUGACCCCGAGUUCACGAUGGAGAAGGUUGCCCUGUCGAUGAUCGACCGCCAGAUUCUAGAAUCGAUGAACCAGAACCAAUUUAGAGGUUUCUCGUUCACCAAUCCGAUGAUGGAUCAGUGAUCAGUAGGUGACAUCAACACCUUGCUGCCGUAAAUAUUUAAUGAUCUAUCGACGACUCUAACAUAUGUAAGGCAUUAACCCAUGGCCGAUGAGAGAGGCCCACUAAUAACACCACAAACCCAAUAUCACAAAGCUGUUAAGCGGAAAAAGGUGCUGAGCAAAAUUAGCAGGGAACCAGUAGGAAUUAAUAUAUAUAUACGUUGGUAUUUUGACUGGUUACCUAAUUCUGCUAAGCAAAAGUGUUCUGAUGUACUUGUAAGCUUGGGACAAUAUUAUGAAGUGAUAGGAUCACACAUUCACCACGCACAGACAUUUAACUUGUUGAUGACAAACUGGUUUACAGGCUGAUGUGGCUUCCCUGUAGUUUUCUGACCUGAAAAUAAACGUGUGGAGCCUUAUUUUUCUGUUUACCAGCUCUUGACUUCUUACUAUAAUACAUCACAAGUGGGAGACAGAAUUGUUGAGUGUGUACUGAAGUCAGUGUUUUUCGGAGUUCAUGUAAGCUCACCAUGCAAUGCUAAGCAGCUCCAUGAAAAGGCGCAGGAUUAUUGGUCAUCAGUGAGAGAUGUCCAGCCAGUUGCUAAGUCCCAUUCAGCUGGUAAUUACAAAAGAACGCGCUAAGCUGAAACAGUGUAUCUCAAAAUUCACGUAAGCUUGCCACAUGUAUGCUAAGCAGCUCCAUGAAAAAGCACAGUAUUAUCAGUGAGAGAAGUCCAGCCAGUUGCUGGGUCCCAUUCAGCUGGUAAUUACAAAAGAACGCGCUAAGCUGAAACAGUGUAUCUCAGAAUUCAUGUAAGCUUGCUAUGCUAAGCAGCUCCAUGAAAAAGCACAGUAUUAUCCGUGAGAGAAGUCAAGCUAGUUGCUGGGUCCCAUUCAGCUGGUAAUUACAAAAGAACGUGCUAAGCUGAAACAGUGUAUCUCAGAAUUCACGUAAGCUUGCUAUGCUAAGCAGCUCCAUGAAAAAGCGCAUGGUUAUCCGUGAGAGAAGUCCAGCUUGUUGCUGGGUCCCAUUCAGCUGGUAAUUACAAAAGAACUUGCUAAGCUAAAACAGUGUAUCUCAGAAUUCACGUAAGCUUGCUACAUGUAUGCUAAGCAGCUCCAUGAAAAAGCGCAGGGUUAUCCGUGAGAGAAGUCAAGCUAGUUGCUGGGUCCCAUUCAGCUGGUAAUUACAAAAGAACUUGCUAAGCUGAAACAGGUUGUGAGCCCUAAAUUCCACAUUAUUACAAACGUUCCUAGAAACUUGUUUCCAUGUAAGUCGUUGAAGUGGUGUUAUAUGCUGAACAGCUGUAUGAUAUUGUUCCCUGGUACCCACAGCCUUGAUAACCAGCGGCUGGUUGCAGAGGCUACUCUACAGGUCAUGUUAAUGCCUUGUUUGGAGACUAACCCCCAAAUUACAAGUUGCCGAGAAAAACCUUGUUGCAAAGGCUUCUGUGGCUAUCUGUAGGUACCCUACAAAUCAUUGUUUAAUGUCCAUAUAGAGUGUAUUAUGUAUAUAGUUUACUAAAAGUAGUUACUAAAAAAGAAUGUUGGUCACUGUUUGUGGAAGUAUUGAUAUACAUUGUGUGCAUCAGUGGUUCUUAAAUUCUUAAAUAAAUGGAGCGUGCAAGAUGACCUACAUGGGAAGAAACCUUUGCCAUGAGAAACUGGACAGAAAGUGUGGUACAACUUGGUCUCUCGAUUCUUAUUGCGUUCACAUUUUAUUUUUGACCUCAGGUUAGCUUGGAAUCCCCUUUAAUAAAACAGGGGUGUGGAAUAUAAGAAGUUAAACUUACAUGUAUGAAAUAAAAAAACUUUAAAAAAUAGAAUAAAAUUGAAAUGAAACCCCCUACCUUACAGGUCUAGUAAUAAAUGCAUUGAUUUUGUGCGUAAGAAUAGACUUGUAGAAGUCUACUGUUUGGCUGAUGAUCAGUGCUUGGUACCUAGACUUCAAAUACAAACCUAUACAAACAAAUUAAGGAGGUUUCUUCAUGAUGUCUCACAGUGUCUGCUUUUCAAACUAAAUGGUAAAAUUUACAUUAGUCCCAUUUUUUAUUGUAAUAAAAAGCAAAUACAGUUAUAUGUUUUUCCUCAUUCCAUAACAUUUCCCAAAAACUAUAUAUAUUUUUAAGUAACAAAACAAAAAUAGAUUGUGUAUUUAUUUCGUAAGAGUUGCUCCUAAGCUAUUGUGUUAAAGUCAGUGUCAAAAAUCAUGUUGAAUUAAUAGAAUUAUGAGUUUUUCUGUUCAAAACUAUAAGCUUGUUUCCCUUUUUUAGGAGGAAAUUUUUUUACUAAUGAUGACAAUUUUAAAUUUUUGAUUGGAUGAAAUUGUUAGUUGAAAUAUCUCCUUUUUAGCCCAUCAUGAAAAUGAAAAUUAUUCAAUAAAAUCUUGAUUGAAUGAAAGCGUGAUUUUCUCCCUGAAACUUUCAAGGAAUGCUGCACUACUCGAUCAAAUUCUACAGGGUUUUAGUGCCAUUUUCAAACAAAUUAAACAUGAUGCUUUUUGGAACAGGUUCACUUUGCUUUAUAUUGACUACAGGGAUUGGACACAUUCUUUGUAGCCUCCUCAGCUAAGCACUAGAGUGCGUUUUGGCGACCCCGACCAAGCCCAACCGAGUCAACAAGUCGGUUACCGAAAGUCAGUUGGCGAUUGGUCUGAACAGCAUCGUCACCACGGUUCAACUAAACACGCGCAAACGCUCAACCGAUGACCCAAUGUUUCUGGUUUGGGUUGCCAUAAUGCACUCUUAGAUACAGACAACCAGCUAAAUGCUCGUUUACUUCAAUGUUGUUGCUUUCCAAAUUAAUUUGCACAACAUCAUUUUCUGAUUAACUGUUUCAUUGAAUUGUGCCGUACAGUUCUACAAAGUGUUAGUAAAAAAUUGUUCAUUAAAUUAAAAAAACUCAUAUCAUUUCAGAGUACAGCAGGAAAAGAAUAUUCCGACAGUGAUGGCCACCUUUUUGAGGGAGGUGGCAAUAUCCCACUAAAAUAUGCUAAAGCUUGGGAAA